AUGGACACUUGUAUCCUUGCAAAUGAGCCUUUAAUAAAGCAGGGCAGUAAAGGGACCUCAAGUGCAUUGGGUCUGAACUUGAUAAGGAUCAAUUGCAAGAAUGAAGCUGUGUAUCAGUAUCAUGUCUCAUUUACUCCUAAUGUGGAGUGUCGUAAUAUGCGAUUCGGGAUGAUGAAAGAUCACCGGACAGUGACAGGCGAAGCAACUGCAUUUGAUGGCUCAAUUCUCUAUUUGCCAGUCAAGUUAAAACCGAAUCUGGAGCUAGAGAGUGUGAGGCGAACAGAUGGGGAAAAGAUCAAAAUCACAGUCCAGAUAACCAAAGUCCUAGAUCCUUCUUCAGACUUAUGUAUCCCUUUCUACAAUGUUUUAAUAAGGAGAAUGAUGAGAAUUCUUGAUAUGAAACUUGUUGGUAGAAAUUUCUAUGAUCCCUCUAGUGCCACAGUUCUCCAUCAGUACAGACUGCAGGUUUGGCCGGGAUAUGUAGCAAGCAUUCGAAGGACAGACGGUGGUUUAUUUCUUUUAGCAGACAUAUCUCACAAGAUUAUUCGUAAUGAUUCAGUGUUGGACGUUAUCAAGAACUAUGGUAUCACUGUUAAGGAUCCUGAACAACCACUACUGCUUCACAGAUUAAAAGAGAAGAUACAUUUAAAGGGAAAGACACCCAUUAUAGUCCUGCUUGUACCUGAACUGACUUUUAUGACUGGAAUUCCUGAAAAAAUGAAGAAAGACUUCCGAGCUAUGAAGGACAUCUCACAGCAAAUCCACCUGAGCCCAAAACAGCAUCAUAUUUCUCUUUGCAAAAUGCUAAAGAGAAUAAAGAGCAAUGAGAGAGCCCAUAAGGAACUGCAGCAAUGGGGACUAGAUUUGGAAUCUGAUGUGUGCAUGACAAAAGGCAGAGUUCUACCUCUGGAGAAGAUCUACAUGCAGACCAACUCAUUCCAACCAGGGGAGGACCUUAAUUGGAAUAGGGAAGUAAUGCACGAUGCAUCCAUCUCUUCAGUUCCUCUCCUUUAUUGGGCAAUUUUGUACACAAAACGUGCAAGUAGUCAGGCCCGUGAGCUAACUGGGAUGCUCGAGAGGGUUGCAGGACCUAUUGGCAUGAGAGUGAAUAAACCUAACUGUUUGGAACUUACGAAUGAUCGUGUAGACACCUAUGCAAGGAGCAUCAAGACACUUUUGGACAGCCAGGCAAAGGUACAGUUAUUGGUGUGCAUUAUAUCUGGGACCCGAGAUGAUCUGUAUGGGGCUAUUAAGAAAAUUUGCUGCGUAGAGAAACCAGUCCCAACACAGGUGGUGAACACAAGAACCAUUAGUCAACCCCAAAAGCUGAGGAGUAUUGCUCAAAAAAUCUUAAUGCAGAUUAAUUGCAAAUUAGGAGGAGAACUGUGGGGAGUAGAUAUCCCACUGAAAAACCUAAUGGUGAUUGGAACAGAUGUUUACCACGAUAACAGUCGAGGGCGUCGUUCAGUCCUAGGCUUUGUAGCCAGCAUGAACAAUUCCCUGACUAAGUGGUACUCCCGUGUGGUCUUUCAGCUUCCCAAUCAGGAGAUAAUGGAUAGUCUGAGGAUCUGUCUUGGAGAUGCUUUGAAGAAAUUUUAUGAAGUUAAUCAUCAGCUACCAGAUAAAAUAGUGGUGUACAGGGAUGGUGUGUCUGAUGGGCAACUGGACACUGUGGAAAAAUAUGAAAUCCCACAGCUUCAGGCAUGUUUCCAAACAUUUGAGAACUACUUGCCACGCUUGGCUGUUAUUGUAGUUCAGAAAAGGGUAAUCACCAACAUAUAUGCAACUGCAACAGGUCAGUUCCUCACUCCUACACCAGGCACCAUCUUGGACCACACAGUCACCAGACCAGGCAGGGUGGAUUUUUACCUUCUUGCUCACCAUGUAAGGCAAGGCUGUGGGAUUCCCACGCACUAUAUAUGUGUUCUGAACACAACUAACCUGAGUCCCGACCAUAUACAAAGGUUGACUUUCAAGCUUUGCCACAUGUAUUGGAACUGGCCAGGUACCAUCAGAGUUCCAGCCCCUUGUAAAUAUGCCCACAAGCUUGCGUUUCUUUCAGGCCAGUUCCUUCACCAUGAACCUGCCAUCGAGCUGUGUGACAAACUCUUCUUUCUUUGAGGAGGAAGUCUGGGAGAGAAUCCUAAACUGUUAUUUCCUAAUCUAGUCUUAUGGAAAAAAAAUCAAAAAAUUUAGUUUUUAUUCUAUUUUCUGGAGAGAAAAAAAAUUAUGCUUAUUUCUUUGCUACCCAAGAUACCCAAUUUAAUGCUACUCUGUUUAUUUUUAUGUUUAAAGUAUUUGAUCUGUUUUGUUUGUUAUAAAUACAAAAGAUAGAAGAUUACAUCUUGUUUAUUUUGUGUUAAGUCAAAAACUUGUAUCACCUCACCAAAAAUAAGAAAACAUAAGUGCUCAUAAUAAACGGUUGUUUCUUAAUAACAAAAA